GGGAAGAGGCAAGCCAAUACGGUAUUAGCUAGCGCCGGUAAAACGAGACUGGGGUGAAAUCUCAAGCAGGUUUUGUGCAAAGAUAUUGUGGUAACCGGAUCGAAAUAUAACCUUAACCCGACUGGCAACCCAACACGUGUCGCAAGCCUAUUGCUUGUACGUGGAUUCCUUUAUGGAGCUGGAUCACUGCAUUGGUGCUGAGCAGACAUUUCACGCAUCCAGCAGCCAGCUUUGAACAGCACGCUUUGAAAGCUGGCGCUAUGGCUUCUCUUGCCACAAUGCAGGCCGUCUCCCAGCUGACCCCGGGUUGCACUGUGCUGAACAGGCAAAGCAACGCCUCAACGGCAUCCACUAGCUCCGGUUUUGUUGGCGUCAGGCCCACAUUGCCUGUGCGCAGAAACUCCCAAUGCUGCAAAAAACAAGUCACAGCGUCAGCUCUUAGAAAGGAGGAGGAAGGGAACAAGAAGGGUUGGAAGAAUGCAGCAGCCGCAGUGGCAUUGUCUGCAGCUCUGCAGUUCUCCGGCGUUGCAAAUGCGAGCGACUUUGACGUGUUGCGAGAGCCUGCGCCGACAGAAAAGCACUUUGUGGAUGAUGCGGGGGUGCUCAGCAGGAUCUCCAAGGGAGAGCUGACCAGGGAACUGACACAGUUUGAGAAGGAGUACGGGUACCACAUUGAUGUGGUGACCACCAGAAAACUCCAGUCCCGCGGCGAUGUGUUUGAGUAUGCUGACAACCUGCUCGAGAAGUGGUACCCCACUCUGGAAGAGGGCGACAAGAAGGGCGUCGUUGUGCUGAUCACCACCGCUAAGGAGGGCGCCGUCGCUGGCGGACCCGCCUUCAACGCUGCGGUUGGCGAAACCGUCCUGGAGAGCAUCGCUACCGAGUCCCUCCCAAUUUUGGCGACCGACGAGAAGUACAAUGAGGCCACGCUCAGCUCCGUGAAGCGGCUAAUGGCCGCCAUCAAGAAGCUGCCCGACCCGGGCGCACCCCAGGUGGCCGACACGAAGAGGGUGUCCAACUUCAAGACCAAGGAGGAGACCAGCGACAAGCGGGGGCAGUUCACCACCGUGGUCGUGGGGCUCUUGAUCAUUGCGUUUGUCGUCCCCAUGGUGCAGUACUUUGGGUACGUGAGGAAGUAAGAGGCAUAUGCGUUUUGCAUGGUGAACUCCUGGGUUGCUAUAAACCGCGCGGCACGAGCGACGUUUUUGACUGCACAUUGUAAGCAUAUUUCUUGCUCAUACUGUCAAGUAGAUGGCCUGUUGCGAAAGUGACCUCUAAAUGUGCACCAGCCCGGCUUAUAGAAUCAGUCAACUGUCGAUUGAUUGUCGGCCAUCAUUGUGACCGUACGUUGGUUUUUACACUCA